CUUGUUGUUUCCCUUCAGAAUCGAGUUGUGAGACAAAACCCAGGAGAGAGAAACUACCACAUCUUCUACGCUCUGUUAGCAGGAACCAACAGCCAGCAGAUGGAGGCGUUCGGACUGACCAACCCAGACAGUUAUCACUACCUGAGACAGUCCAGCGCUGCUCCAGACAAGACAAUCAAUGAUAAAGGCACUUUCCACGACGUCCUGAAUGCAAUGCGAACGAUGCAGUUCACAGAGGAGAGCAUCGGGGAGAUCCUGCGGCUGCUGGCCGGCGUUCUGCACACGGGGAACAUCGAGUUCAUGACGGCCGGAGGAGCGCAGGUCUCCUCCAAGACAGCUCUCAGCCGGACGUCCGACCUCCUGGGACUGAACUCGGAUCAGCUGGCCGAGGUUUUGACCCACCGGUCCAUGAUCCUCAGAGGAGAGGAGAUCUGCACACCGCUCACUGUGGAACAGGCGGUGGACUCCAGAGACUCCAUGGCCAUGGCACUUUACUCUCAGUGUUUCAACUGGAUCAUACACAAACUCAACAGCCGCAUCAGGGGAAAAGAAGACUUCAAAUCCAUCAGCAUCCUGGACAUCUUUGGGUUUGAGAACUUCGAGGUUAACCACUUUGAGCAGUUCAACAUCAACUAUGCAAAUGAGAAGCUUCAGGAAUAUUUUAACAAGCACAUUUUCUCCCUGGAGCAACUUGAAUACAACAAGGAAGGCCUGGUUUGGGUCGACAUAAACUGGAUGGACAACGGAGAAUGUCUGGAUCUCAUCGAGAAGAAACUGGGUCUCCUGGCCCUGAUGAACGAGGAGAGUCACUUCCCUAAAGCCACAGACGACACCUUACUGGAGAAACUGCACCAGCCAGCACUCGCUGUUUCUAACUUCUCUGUCGCCCCCUGGUGGCGUUGUGGUGGUGUUUCUAACCUCUCUGUCGCCCCCCUGGUGGCGUGUGGUGGUGUUUCUAACCUCUCUGUCGCCCCCUGGUGGCGUGUGGUGGUGUUUCUAACCUCUCUGUCGCCCCCUGGUGGCGUGUGGUGGUGUUUCUAA